CGGGCGUGCAGACGCUCCUCCACCUUUUACCUUUGCUUUGCGCGUUAGACGGAGAAGUGACUUCGAGGAGCAUCGCAGCUUUCUCUGCUCCACCGGUCCAAUAACAAAGGACACUUUACUGCGUAUCUGUUUUAUUUUUUAUUUUUUAGAAACCCCCAGUUCAGUCUCAGUCUAAAGUAGUUGUUACAAAGGUGUGAUUUAUGACCUAAAGCUAUGCGCAUGAAAGGAACCUGCGAUCCGUUAUUUGACACCUGGACGCGGUGGGAUUAGCUGCACAUGGAGAUCCUCGCAGAAGUAGAUGGAAUCUCUCCCGCGUCUGGUGGGAGAUCGGUUUGACCAUCCUCAUUCGGCUAUGAUUCAUUUUGGGAAUAUUUGACAUGACAAGGAUACUACCCGUCCUCGCGAGAACCAUGCUGUUCAGAGUGCUUGCGUUGAUUCUCUUACAAGGAGUCUGGACGUCCGACGGCCCGGGGACAUCCGGGGUCCACCCCGCGCGUCUCCCACAGCCCAGCGGUGCGUUUGGCUCCGGGAGAUCCAGAGGUUUACAGAUGUCUGAUGCCACCGAGCCAAAGUCCAGACCGAAGCGCUGUACCUGCUAUUCUUACAAGGAUAAAGAGUGCGUCUACUACUGCCACCUUGAUAUCAUCUGGAUCAACACUCCCGAACGCACUGUGCCCUAUGGGAUGUCAAGCUACAGAGGAUCCCAGCGAAGCAGACGUGCCGUCAGCAGACAGGCGGCCGACCACGAGGAGGCAAAGGCUCAGCGCUGCGUUUGCGCUGUGCUCCAUGCAGACCCUCAGUGCCGUGAUUUUUGCCUAUCGAGCCCCCUGCAGACAGUGACAAUCAGGAGUCUCCACAGAGUCCCUGGUCCUGGAUGACAGUUUGAUACCUCUCCAUCCUCCCUCUCCGUGGACCCUUUCCUCCUCUUCACCGUCUUCCCUUCCCAUUUGCAACCCUUGCCUCCACAGUUACACAUUCAAAGAAAACACUUUGGAGUUUAACAGUAGACAUUCCUCCGCAUCACAACUCUUGGAACAGGUUCCAUCUGGUUUCCAGCACUCCUCAGCAAAUUCAAUACAGAUUCCCAGAGGCUCUUUUUUCCCCCUCCUAAGAGCACCAUGAGGAUUACUUCCACCCUGAAAUAAUAGCCUAAGACCUCUCUUGAUCAAACUUGAUCAAAAAUUCAUACCUGAUAGUGUUGAGGACUAUGCUUGUUGUAAACUUGUACCAACUUAUAAGGGAUCAAAAAGGCACAUGUAUGACAAUGUUGGGAAUCAAAGAGUGGCACAAUAAGCCACGUAAAGUUGAAGCAAAGGAUGGUGCAAAAUCUUGCCAUAGGAAUAAUGAAAAAUAACAACGAAAAUAUGGGAGAGGUUUUUGCUCAGUGUGCUCUGGUGCAUAUUAUUGAGCGUUGAUUUAUGAGACUAUUUACAGUCAGUUUGGAAAGCAUUCACAAGCUGUCUGAACACUCUUUCAGCAGCAAUAAUUUGCGCUCUUUGCAAGGAAACAAUAAGUCACAUCACUUGUUACUUGUCAUGGCCCUUAUAAUGAGCUAUCUAUGGUUGUGUUCUGCUCAAAUUAGUCCAAUAACAAUGUUUUCCAAUCCCAUUCUGACAGCUUGCCUUGUUUAUCUGAUUACCCAGUGCUAAGCCCUAAAAAAGAUGACAAUUAAAAGGACUAUAUUAAUACAUUAAAUUAAUAAAAGCAUUUAAGUUUAAUCAGGAAAAAAUACGUAAAGUAUUAAACAUAACAUGUCUGUGUGUGUAUUGUUUUUGUAGCAUAUCACUAAAUUAUUAUACUCAAGUUUAGUGUUGUAGUUGGUUGAGGUGGUUGAGGAUCUUUAAUUUAAAACCUCUUCUUGAACUUCAAUUUACUAUUAUUUACAUUAUUGAUUAAGAUGCUGCUUAUCUUUUUUUUAAUCCACUAAUUGCUUCAAAUGUACUUAUGCAUAAGUUUAACUUGUGAAAAACAUCAUAUUUUAUUUCUUCCUGUAAUUUGUAUGCAAAAUGGGGGUUAUGAUUAUAUGUGAUACUACUGUUAAACUAAAUAUAAAAUAAUAAUGAAUAUAAAUAAAAUAUAAAUAUAAAAUUGCAAUUUAAGGCCCACAUUUACAUAACUGGAAUAUUGUGAGUAACAUGAGCCCAUGUCCAAACCAACAACACAUUUCUAUAGAUCUCACUUUGCAUACCACUGAUCAUCAAUUGUAAAUGUACAAUUCAUUUCUAUCGGUGGUUGCUCUAUAAUUAACCUGAAGGUUUGUUGAUUUCUUCGGCCUCUCCGUCCCCCUGUGUUCCGCAGUCAUGUCAGUGACACAAACAAAAGAAUAGGCCACACAGAAGUAAAAAGGUUUCUGAGUGUACGCAAAAGUUACCGCUGCAGGAUCAAAUGCUAGUAUUUAGCAUGUUGUCAAUAUCCAGAAUGUACCUGUUAGUGAUGCAGUGUUACGGGUGUGUUGACUUUAGGUAAUUUAGCAUACUCGUCUGGUAGAGCAUAAAUUAUUCAUUUUAAUUAUGUUACAUGCAACAAUUCCGAGGU